AACAUGAAAAACUUCACAACAAAAAUAGAAGGCAAAAACGGGGAGAGGAGUGAGUUAAUAAACCAAUCCAAUCUCACAAAUUAAUUUGUACAACGCCGUGUAUCUCUCUCUCCCUCCCUCUCUCUCAAAUCAACGCGGCCUCUGCCAACGAAGAGCAGAAAUCGACGCCGCCUCCAGCCUCCCAGGUCCUCCUCUCCAACAACACCAUCACGCAAACCACCAAAGAUCAGCAACCCCAGAAAUGUACAAUAAUGUAGGAACCCAGCCUGGGGUGUCAAUGCCCACUGCAACUUCACAGCCAAAUCCGUUUGGGGAUGCGUUGUACGGUGCUAGUUCAGGACUUAUCCGUGGUGGAUUGGGUGCUUACGGAGAGAAAAUUUUAGGAUCAAGCUCUGAGUAUGUACAAAGCAAUAUCAGUAGGUAUUUUUCUGAUCCGCAGUACUACUUCCAAGUGAAUGACCAGUAUGUGAGGAACAAAUUGAAGGUGGUGCUAUUCCCAUUUCUGCACAGGGGCCAUUGGACCAGAAUAACUGAACCAGUAGGAGGCAGGCUUUCUUAUAAGCCCCCAAUUUAUGACAUCAAUGCUCCGGACCUAUACAUUCCAUUUAUGGCAUUUGGUACCUAUGUGGUUCUGGCUGGCUUGUCAUUGGGUCUUCAAGGAAAGUUCAGCCCAGAAGCUCUAAACUGGUUGUUUAUCAAGGGAUUGUUUGGUUGGUUUUUACAAGUUGCACUACUGAAAGUAACACUGCUUUCCUUGGGUAGCGGUGAGGCACCAUUUCUAGACAUUGCGGCAUAUGCUGGGUAUGCUUUCACAGGGUUGUGCUUGGCUGUGCUUGGACGGAUUAUGUUGAGUUACUCGUACUAUUUUUUGAUGCCGUGGACCUGUUUAUGCAUGGGAGUCUUCUUGGUGAAGACUAUGAAGAGAGUACUUUUUGCGGAGGUGAGGACUUAUGAUUCAAGCAAGCACCAUUAUCUCUUGCUCUUUAUUGCUUUGGCUCAGUUCCCUCUUUUUACAUGGCUUGGCAACGUUAGUGUUAAUUGGCUUAUAUAAGACAGCUUAUUUUGUGUGAGUUAGAACCAAUUCUUGUUAUAGAGGUUUCCGACAUCUUGUACGCAAUUUUCUUUUUAUCUUCUCUAUAAUUUUAUUAGCAUUUUGUAGGACGAAUCUACGUUUGGUGCAAACAGAUGCCCACAGUAGUUUUCCCAUUUCUUGCAAUGCAUAAUGCUGAUUGGUUUAGCUGGCACAACUCAAAACAUGCUUAUACAAAACAUUUAUUAAGACUCA